UGAAAUUAUUUAUGGCCAACGGAAAGUGAAUCCGCUUGAGAGCAGCAGCCUUUGCUUGUGAGACAACAGUAUCCGUAAAUACAACUAAAUUCCAAGUGAGAGGGUAUAAGAUGACCGAUCAUUCUGUCCAGCCAAAUGAAGAGGAGGUGGUUGGGGACAUUUACUUGUCCCUGCUUUCGCGACAUGCCCUCAGAUAUCCGGAGGAUGGCACCCACAAGUCGUGGGUCCUGCCGCGCAUGAUGGUCCUGUUUGCCAGCGGGGACAUGGAUCAGGUGAUAGACGCCAUAGUUGCGGACAUGGUCCACCCGAUUGGCAGUGGACUGGUGGCUAGUGUGUUGGUGGAGGAAUCCAUACGCGACGAGAUGAUUAGGAAAGUGCGCGCCAACUUGAAGCCGAUGAACGAGCGCAUACAACGCCAUCCAAAUUACCUGAGAACCGAGAAGCUCAUCGAGCGCAUGAACUGCAGCACCAUACACAUCGAGGAGUUCGAGGAGUCGGAUACGAAACGGCGCUAUGGUCGCCGGAUGAAGGGAUCGCCUUUGAUAGUUCUGGAUUUCCCGCAGUACUAUUUCGGGGACAAGCCCACGGCCGUGAUGACUUUGAGCACCUUCCGCAAUAUGAGCGAAGUGGUCAAGUUGCAUAGGCGCGAAGGUCUGAACUUCGAUUGCAUUUCGGUGUGGUCAUCCAAGUUGGCCCAGUGCUUCGACCUGCUCACCAGGCUGCCCAAGGUGGAUCACUGGACCUUCAACUGCACCAACGAAUCCAUCAAGAUUCCCAAGCUGCCGGCUCAGCCGGUUACCACGGUUAGCAUCCAGAAAAACCUUCACUUCGAAGUGCACGUCAUUGGCGGAAAGAUAAAAACUAUAGCGUUUCCAAUCACAGAUACUGCGAAGGAGAUAUACCCCCACUACGAUUCCUGACUUCUCAUCGAAAAUCCACCCAUCAAUUGGUUUGAGAAUAUUUAUGGGCCGAACGACUCUAAUUUGUAAAUCUCAAACCCAUCGAACACACAAACUCACACACGCGCGACAGAUAAUUUGUCAGAUAAUGGCUCAUCUAUCAGUUUUUGACAAGAUUGAUGGCUAGAUAAUGCGAUUGAUAAAUCUCCAUUACUUUGCAGCAUCCUUUCUCUCCAUUUUCCCCGAGUUAAUUUCAAGGAAAUCGGAAUGCAGGGGGCGGGACUCUCCCCCCACCGCCGCUGAGACAAUGAUUUGAUUUUGGCCGUGUCACUUGCCAUGUCAUCAUCCCUCCGGAGAGGUGAUUCCUGUCCUGGUGCCACACGCCCUCCAUUUAUCACGGCGCAGGCAAGGUGCACAGGGAAAAAUGCUUGAGUUUGUUUGGCACUCAGGAAUGCCUCGUAUUGUCCUGCUUAUUUAGGCAGUAUUUAAUGUGUAAUAUGACUUGCAACUCUAGAACUUAAUUAUCUUUUUAUUGUUACAAAAGGAGUGGAGAAUAGAGAAUAGAGUUUGUUUCAGUGUGCACACCACUGCCAUCGGCUAAGUAAGUGACUCUCGUGAAAUCAAGGUUUAUGCGGCAGGGGCUAUAAAAGUGCCCAUUGAUUGGCAUCAUCUGUCGAAUGGAUUCCUAACCCAAUCACACACACUGGCCCAUUAAUACCAAGCCGUUUACAGAUCACAUUGUGAUGGAAAUGAGGUGACAGUUACUGUCCCCCACGAGGUGUGAUCGUUAAAUUGGCCACAAGCCACAAGAAAAGGCUUUAAAGCGUCAGCC